AUGCCUCCAAGACGCACCCUGCCUGCUCCGCGUGGCAUUCUGCGCAACAGUCCACUACAAAGCUCUCAUGCUUCGUCGCCGAGGAAGAAGGUUGGCUUUGUUGACCUCACCGAGGAGGAUGAAGAUUCCUUGCCUACGACCACCAGGGUUUCUUCGAUCUCGAAAGGUGUCAUGGCAGGCCAUGGUUUACAGGCGGCUGCUCUCCGAGGAAGUCAUGCAGCUCCGAUCAGUAGCAGCCUACCAAGUCCACUAUCGUCUCCGUCUGUAAGAGCCGCAGCAACUCUAUCUGCCAACAAGAACCGGAUAUCUUCCGAGGGUGUCAUCAACCCGAUUUUGUCCCGUGGACUGCCUUCUCAGACUCAACCCUCUAAGCAUCCUCAAACCUUGGAUAGCUACAGCACGCGACCUGCACAGGCUCGACCUUCCUCGUCCGUCAGAUUAACUUCAGUUAAUCCGGAUGCAUCCCCAGCCCGCAUCUUGCGCCUCAAGCCAGCAGACAGAUAUCCAGCAAAGAAUGAGACGACACAGAAUGUCAUCGAUCUGACCAUGGACGACGAUGUCGCCUCAACACAGCCUGUGACCGAGGAGAAACUCCCAGGUCUCGAUGAUGCUAAGGCACAGGUCUCAAAGGCGAUUCGGAAAGUGGAUUGGAGCCUGAAGAACGCCGAUCGCCUCAACGACCAGCUUCUUUUUACUGAGGAGCUGCUUGGCUGGGACUCGUCAGCGUCAGACAGUGACUCGGACCGGUCCAGCAGAAGGGAAAGGAUCCGCGGCACUAGAUACGUCGCAAACAUGGGUCUUUUGCCCCAAGCUCUCGAACGGUCAUCCAAGACCGGAGUGCCACAUAUUGUGCCGACGACCAAACAGGAUCGGAAGCCAGCCAACACACCCGUGGACAGAUUGAUGAGUGAUGGUAUCGAGAGGGGCUUCAACAAGGAUUGGUUGCGUUCGACCAUCGGCAGAAAGACCAGAAGUACCAAGUUCCACAAGACGGGCAUCGACUUUCUGGCCACCAUAAGGAAAGAAAAGCGGCGACAGGACAGAGAGGGUGACGAGCGCGUUCGGAGAAGAGUCGAAGAGUGCGACAAGCUGCAUCUUGCCCUUACCCUUCUUGCCCGCAACUACAGGGGAAACCAUCGGGGUAAAAAUGACGAGAAAGUACGAGGCCCCGGCAAAGCUGGCGAGUCCACUGAGCUUGCCCACAAGAGAAAGCCUGGUAAGGUGCAAAGCUCGAUGGUCGAUUCUUCACCACACUCCCCAACCAAUGGCAGCUCUGUCGAAGAUUGGGCGAAUGCUUUCAGUAUUCUCGACUUUGAUGAGGCUGGUAGGCUCAGAAACUCUUCUCCUGCCGCUAAGGGCGAAUCUGCCCAGUCACCAGUCUCACUGCAGCAACAAGGAACAGAACGAGCUCACAGCCCUUUCCCCCUCGAUUACAUGGCAGCCACUCCUCGGAAAGGCCAUCCAAAGGACCCUACUCAGCAACAAGAGCAUCAAGGCUCUCCAGAUGAGAUUUCCAGCCCAUUCGACGUUGCUAGCAAUCCUGAGGGCCGGGAGUAUUUCGAGGAGUCUUCAAGUGAGGCAGAGGACGAUACCCCUGGAUAUCCCCCUUCCCAGACAUCGCGCCGUGAAUCUUCACGCCGCGGAGUACCCUCCAGGUCGUAUGUGGUCCACAUCAAGCGCGAAGCAGCGUCUGACGACGAACAUGACAGCAAUACCGCGGCCAAAAUUCCUGCCACUAGGUUCACUGGUCCCAAACAACCCGUCCUGGCACCCAACGACGCAGGAAUACCAACGUCUUCCAAGGGAGCCAGCAAAAAGAAACUAGCCAAGUUGCCUUCAGCUCCGCAGCUUCAUUCUAACCCUUCAACGCCAACCUUGCGCCGUGCCAAUAUAGGCAAAGAUGACCAAGAUGUUCCCCGCUCAUUCCUACAGCAAAGUGGUGCCCAGACCGACCACCGACAGUCUUCGGCUUCCAAAAAGAGGAAAGCGGCCGAAGACGCGGGAAACUGCCCCCCACAGAUUAAGAAGCCUCGGACUUUGCCUACAGCCAACGUAAACAAUACGAAGUCGGACACUACCCACAAGGGGAGCAUGGCUUCCACUGCGACCAGCGCCGAUCUCCGAGAAAAGAAAGCUGCGAAGAACAGGAGGGCAAGACAAAAGAAGAAAGCAAGAAAGCAGCGACAAAGGGAGGAGGAGGAAAGAGCCGCUGCUAUCAUCGCCAAGAAAGGGGUUAAGGAUGAGCAGAAGAAAGAAAGCAAAGAUGAGCAAAAGAAAUCUGACGCCAAGGCACCGGCCACAACUUUACCCAUGACCAAACAAAAGACGAAGAAGAACAAGAAGCAGAAUAACACUCCUGUCGCCAAGUCGCCGGCAAAGGUGCUUUCGGGGGGUAUGGACGGAAGAAAGAAACAGAAAUAA